AUUUUUUCAGGAAGAAUGGCUUCCUGUCGCCGUCGACAGGGGAGCGGAGCAUCAGACGAGGAACCGCUUCACAGCACAAUGGAGGAUGAGGAACUAAAUAUGGAUGUGGAUUGGGACGAGGAAGGUGAAGAGGAGGAUGAGGUUGAGGCAGAGAAGGAAAUAGUAAAUCUAGUUGCUCAUGAACACAAUUCUGAUCUGAUAAAUACCGGAGCUCUGGACACAAUAUCUCAGCAGUAUGAGAGCUUGGACUACGACACGAACUUUAACAGUAUAUUCCUGGAUGAGAUGAGGAGCAAAGGAUACAAGUUUGUCAUGAAAAAGGAUGUUCUCCGCUGGGUUGUCAUGUUCUUUGUAGGAGUUCUCACCGCUUUUGUAGCUUGCAGUAUAGAUAUUACGGUGGAGGAACUAUGUAAACUCAAGUUUGGGUUGCUCAGACAGCUCACAGAUAAAGGGGUCGCAGAGAACGUGCUGUGGAUCCCGUAUUUAGUGUGGGUUAUGUUGAAUGUAAUCCCUGUGUGUAUGGGUAGUUUUCUAGUCUCCUAUAUAGAACCAGUAGCUGGGGGUAGUGGGAUACCUCAGGUUAAAUGUUACCUCAACGGAGUUAAGGUUCCGAGGAUUGUUAGGAUCAAGACACUGAUCUGCAAAGCUGUCGGGGUAACCCUCUCUGUCCUGGGCGGACUAGCCGUGGGAAAAGAAGGUCCUAUGAUCCACAGCGGAGCUGUUAUUGCGGCCGGAAUCUCUCAGGGGAAAUCAACCUCAUUCAAAGUCGACACAAAAACACUUCCGUUUUUCCGAGAAGAUCAUGAAAAGAGAGAUUUUGUUUCCGGAGGGGCUGCAGCGGGCGUAGCCGCAGCGUUCGGGGCUCCGGUCGGUGGUGUUCUCUUCAGCUUGGAGGAGGGAGCAUCUUUCUGGAACCAGGCGCUUACCUGGAGAAUAUUCUUUGGUUCUAUGACCAGCUAUUUUACCCUUAACAUGGUUAUAUCCAUAUAUCGGGGCUACGCAGGCCAACUGAGUAACGGUGGACUUCUCAAUUUCGGACAGUUUGAGAACGCUAGGUACGAAGUGUGGGAGUUGCCGCUUUUCCUUGUUAUGGGCGUAGUUGGUGGAUUGUUGGGAGCACUCUUCAAUCAUAUCAACUACAGGAUUACUGUUUUUAGGAUGAGGUAUGUGAAAAAACCUUGGGUGAAGAUGAUCGAGGCAAUGAUCGUCGCUGCAAUCACCGCCACUGCCGGAUUCAUCAUGAUCUAUAUGAUCUCUGACUGUAAACCCCUGGGAAAAGAUCCUACGAUCAACCCAAUCCAGAUGUAUUGUAACGAUGGAGAGUAUCACGUGAUCGGAGCGAUCUGGUUCCAAACCCCCGAGCAGUCUGUCCGAUCCAUGUUUCAUGAUCCAGCUGGUUCCCAUAAAAUAUCAACCCUGGCAAUAUUUGCUGUGGUUUACUAUUUUCUGAACUGCUGGACCUAUGGGUUGAGUAUUUCUGCUGGAGUCUUCAUCCCUACUCUUCUUACUGGAGCAGCUUGGGGACGUUUUAUAGGAGCUGGACUACAGUACAUGUUUCCCCAGUAUUUCCUAGCAGAUUAUGGAAAGUAUGCUCUGCUCGGCGCAGCUGCAAUGCUGGGAGGGGUUGUCAGGAUGACGAUAUCACUGACUGUCAUCCUGAUUGAGGCAACAGGAAACCUGACUUACGGGUUCCCGAUCAUGGUUGUUCUCAUGGUUGCUAAGUGGGUCGGGGAUUAUUUUAAUGAAGGUAUUUACGAUAUUCACAUCCAGCUAGCUGGUGUUCCUCUACUCAGCUGGGAACCGCCACCACUCUCUGCAACUACCUAUGCUAGCGAGGUGAUGGCGUAUCCUGUAGUUACACUCAGUCCUAUUCAAAGAGUUGGAGAAGUUGUCGAUAUUCUCAAGAGAGUUACACACAACGGGUUCCCUGUAGUAGAUUAUCCGAUGCACUCAACUUACAAUAAUAGAACCUUCGGCAAGCUUCGAGGCCUUAUUCUUAGAUCAGAACUCAUCGUUAUGCUUCAACACAAAAUAUUCAGCGAGUGGGAAGGAAAGUUAAGCAUGGGACUCUUCCGUGCGGCGUAUCCUCGUUACCCGGAUAUAUCACAGAUCCAUGUAUCAAUGGAGGAGAGAGAUUACUAUAUGGAUCUCCGUCCUAUCAUGAAUAGAACUCCGUCAACGGUUCUUCAUGCAACCCCACUACCUCAGAUGUUCCGUCGGUUCCGUGCUCUGGGUUUAAGACAUCUCCUGGUUGUCAACGACGAGGAGGAGUUGGUUGGGAUGGUUACGAGGAAGGAUCUUGCUCGUCAUAGAGUCACACAUCAUGGAGGAACUAUGGCCAGGGAAACCCUUCAUGUAACAGAACAAGUAGAGUAAACAAGCAAUCCUUACAGAGCAAUACAAUCCCUGCUAGUCUCAUUGGCUUUAAUAUUCGGCUUGUACCUAACAGGCUUUUUUAUCCAAAAAUAUCCGGGCCCUUUUUAUAUUUAUUCUUUCUGAUCUAGUUGGUAUCGUAUCAUUUACGUAUAUAUCCAUGAUAUAUUAAAUUUUUAUAUAUUUUAUUGUGUAGUCCUGACAUUUGACCUGUGCCAAACAAGCUUUUUUUCCAAAAUUAUCCGGGCCCUCUUUAUACUAUCCUUUCCGUUUUGGGAGAUAUCUAAUUAUAUACUUAUAUCUGGCUUUAUCAUAUAUUUAGUCAUUUUCAGUUUUCAUUUUUUUUUAUUCCUGACAUUCAUACUGCAGAGUAUACGACACAAACAAAUCCUGUCAAAAUGGAAAAUGUGUAAACGGAAAAAUGUAUCGAUUAGCUCUC